UAUUUUUACUUUUAUCGUAACAUUUUCAAGGUUGUGGAUCUUGGACGAAAUAAUUAAAAAUGGAUAAGCUGCUCCUUUUUAGAAUAAGACCUUCGAUAAAUAUACUAAGAAGGUUUAUGUGUACACCUCAAGGUGGAACUAACCCGCCUACGAUCAGAGAAAAUUCUAUGGGUGCAAGAUAUAGACCAAAUGAAUUUCAAAAAUUUCUUCUGGUCUGGACUAAAAAGUACAAAAGCAAGGCUGAAAUACCGAAAGAAGUAUCUUUAGACUUACUAGAGAGGACUCGAAGUCAAGCAAGAAUUAAGCUUUCAAACUAUCUAAUACUCCUUACAAUUCUCGCUAGUUUAUAUGCUGUUAUGUCUGGUAAAGCUGCAGCAAAGAGAGGUGAAUCUGUUCAACAAAUGAAUUUAGACUGGCACAAACAAUAUGAAGAAGACUAUAAAAAGAAACAAGAAGCUCAGAAAUGAUUUGUGAACAAAAUAUUUUUUAAGCUUUGUUACUCCCAAUAGGUAUAGGUUGCUAUAAAUUAUGAGAUACUAACACGAAAUAUAUAACUUAUGUAGAAAAAUAUAAAUUUUAAAUGUA